CCACCACCAAUUUAUAGACACACUAACCAAUCCAUUAAGAAGUUAGAGGAAAGGGAAUCAGGUGUUAUUGAGGGUUGUAAAGCGUGGUGAUGAGACGGUGUUAGGGUUGGUACACCACCACCACCACCCUCACCUCCACCUCCACCACCACCACCACCACCACCGGCACAGGAUAUAACAUUACGUCUGUCCACCUUCCCGGCCUCGUAUGUUGGAGUGGAUGUGGUCGUUGCGGAGUAAUGUGGGGUGGUGGACGGCAAUUGGUGGGGGUGGGGGGGAGGAGCUGUGUUGGGACUGUCAGGGUGGUGGGGUUGUGGAGGUGGUGGACGUGUUGGUGGAGGACUGAUGUGGUGGUGCUGUGUGUUCUCCUUCAUGAGUGCAGAGUGGCAAAGGAGCGGCGUGUUGUGUGGUGGUGGCGGAGGUAAUGGUGGUGGUGGUGGCGGAGGUAGUGGUGGUGGUGGUGGUGGUGGUGAGGGCCGCAGGGCACAGGUGGGCGGAAGGGGCGGGGCGGGACAGGGCGGCGUGGGGCGGGGUGUCGAUGGGCGGGGCGGGGCGGGGCUCAGGUAACCUUAUCUGUAUGUAAAGGUGUGGCAGCGGUGCCCCGCCCCACCUCACCUGCCCCGCCGCCGCCGGGACGCCCGUGCCCGCCACGCCCCAGCGGCCACGCCCCGCCCGCCAUGCACAGCUGGUCAUGCAGGCUGAGGCCCCGCCCACCCAGCCCAGCCCACCAGUCAGCGCCCGGCGAGCGGUCACGUGACUGGCCCGACGGUCACCUGCAGCGGCACCUGCAACACUCAGUGCGCCCGCCGCUGCUCGUAGGUCUGCACACACGCCCACGCCCGCGGCGCUCACCGGCACACCUCGGGCCCGCAGCCCAGGGGCGCCCCAGCGCACCAGCAUGCCGCGGCCGACGCGGGAGAGCUACGGCGAGCAGAAGCCGCCCUACUCGUACAUCUCGCUCACCGCCAUGGCCAUCUGGGGCAGCGCCGAGAAGAUGUGCACGCUGGCGGAGAUCUACAAGUUCAUCAUGGACAACUUCCCCUACUACCGCAAGAACACGCAGCGCUGGCAGAACUCCCUGCGGCACAACCUCUCCUUCAACGACUGCUUCAUCAAGAUCCCGCGGCGCCCAGACAGGCCGGGCAAGGGCGCCUACUGGACGCUGCACCCGUCCGCCAUGAACAUGUUCGAGAACGGCAGCUUCCUCAGGCGCAGGAAGCGGUUUAAGAUCCCCCGCGACGAGAAGGACGCCAUGGAGGCGGGCCUGGCGCAGAUCAGCUCGGCGCAGCGCGUCGUGGAGGCCCAGCGAGUGCCGCCGCCACCACCGCCGCCACCGCCGCCCCUUAAGCCGCCGUGCGAAAUGCUGCCGCCGAGCCUCCACCUGCUGCCGCCGCCCUGCCUGGCCCGCCUGCCGCCGCCGCUGCUCUACCCGCCGCCGCUCCUCUACCCCGGGGCCUGGGGCGCCGCGCCCUUCCUCGGCUCCCUCACCUACCUCCCGCCGCCGCUCCCGCCGCCCCUGCCGCCGCCCCCCGCCGCGCCCAGACCCAUCAAGCCCACGCCCGUGCUGGCGCGACCGCCGCCCCUCCCGCUGGACGUGGGCCUCACCGGGGUGACCUAAGCCCCGGGACGCCGCCCGUCACUCAGGGCGGGGCCGCCCAGGGACCCCACAGGCAACCUGCCCCACGCCGCCCCACCCAGCCCCAUCCACCCGUGGCGCGCCGGGGCAUGCGCACACGGCACAGUGGCGGCGCAACAGUGUAGUUGUGCCUCGAGGGGCUCGCCCCACCCCGUCCCGUCCGUCCCCGGACAGGCCUCGACGCGGGAAUGCCCGGCUGACCGUUUGUUCGUUUGUUUGUCCGUCGGUGUCGCCCCAUGUGCCCCCCUCCCCCCCUGCAGACAGUCCCGGCGCCCCGCAACGCUGCGCUGCGCAGGGCCACACCGCGGGGCCGCGCCGUUGUGACCCUUGUGUUACUGUUGUUGAUGUGCGUCUGCGUGUGUAUGUGCGUGUGUGUGUGUGCACGCAUGCGUGUACACAGUGAAGGAAUGUGGAGGCGUGUGUGGUUGACCUGUUGUUGUUAGAAAAUAUUUGUUAUAGCGAAAACGAUGACGCGAGAACCAAACACUGACGAGAAGUGAACAACCACAUCCGUGACGUCCACAACUUAAACAUUCUACAUGAACAACAAGAACAAAAAAACUACAACUACUACUACUGUUACUACAACAAAAACAACACCGUUCAGACAUAAACACAAGGAACAAUACAGACAGAGACAUGCAAGAAAACACAAAAAAGAACGUAGCCCCACCCCUGAGGAGCCCCGCUGAAGGCAACACAUGAACGAGACAACGAAAUGAAGCAACGAGACGGAGAGCGAGGACCGCUUCAGGAGGAGGAAGACAGAAGAGGAGGAAGAAAGGGACAGUCCUGCCCCCUCUUAGCAAGCCACUGUCAGUCAUGUCUCGGUCCUGUCUGUCUGUCAGUAAGUGGAAUAAAUUUGUUACCCAGGUAUUUAUUU